UUUCCACACUGCCUUCGUCCAGCAGAGAAGUAAGAGCAAGGCAGAGACUGGCAGAGAAACCAAGAAUCCACUGAGGGUAAGGGUGCAUAUUGCAGUCCCUGUCUUGAGGUGCUUUUUGCUGCUGUCUCUCACUUGGAUCAUCCCUAGCAAGUGUCAAGAAUGGAUGUCUUUAAGAAAGGUUUCUCCAUUGCUAAAGAAGGUGUGGUAGCUGCUGCAGAAAAGACCAAGCAGGGAGUGACGGAGGCUGCAGAGAAGACUAAAGAAGGGGUGAUGUAUGUAGGUACCAAAACCAAGGAAGGCGUAGUGCAAAGUGUGACUUCAGUUGCCGAGAAGACCAAAGAGCAGGCCAAUGUGGUGGGAGAAGCUGUAGUAGCCAGCGUGAACACAGUGGCAAACAAGACUGUAGAAGGAGCAGAGACCAUCGUGGCUACUACAGGAGUUGUAAAAAAGGAGGACCUGGCACCGCUGCAGCCGCCUGAGCAGCCGAGGAUGGAGGGAGAGGGGGCCCCAGCAGCAAGCACAGGCAGCGGUGGAGAGGGUGAAAAUGAAGGCAAUUAAUCAACCUAGGGACUUCUAUCUCAAAAGAAAGCAUUCCAAGAACAUACAUGGAAAUUUAGCUGACACUACAACAUGAAAAUCCUGCUCUCCAUAGAAUAACUACAUUCAGCCUUGUAGCCUUUCACCUCCCUCAUAAACCAAUCAUACAAUAUAUGUAAGCCAGACUCCUCCGACUGUAAGUAAAGUGCAGCCAUGUACCAGGGUGAGUGUCCCCUUCCGCAGUCCCUCAUGGCUUCCCAACCCACUCCCUCUGUGUGUUUUGGUUGGACUCACUGAUCUGUGUCUCACAUCCAUCUGCACUGGCACGUGGGAUCUCUACUUAUUGUGGAAAUAUUUUUUUUUAACUAAUAAAAAAAGUGUUUGAACAA